AUGGAAUAUCAAGAAUAUCACUAUUCAAAUCCAAAUGAAACUGAGAUGCCACCAGAGAAAGAGAAGUCACGACUGAAGAGAGUGUUCAACUCCAUCAAGAAGAACACACAUCUCAUUACGAAGACGAUUGUCUGCUUCUUAGUGAUACUCCUGGCACUGGCGAUUGGAUUUGGUUACUCAGGGGUGAUGAUUGGAAGAUUCCCUGAUGCGAUAUUAGAGACAGUUCGAGACAGAAAGCUGGCAAAACUGACGUCUACGAAGCAUUUUGAACAAAUGGAAGGAAAUCUGUUCAGGGAGAUCAAGUAUCAAGGAAAGAAGGAAGACAUGGAGAAGCAGUUGCGACUGUUUAUUCCAAAUAUUUAUAGGCUGAAUACGCAGACACAGGAGCAGGUAAAGGAUACGGUGGUUGCAGAGAGCUUUGGUACGUUCAUGUUGGGGCCACCUGGUACAGGAAAGACACUUUACGUCAAAAGACUCUGCUACCUGAUGGACCUGGAGCUUAAAGAAAUGUAUUCACUCCAUAAGGACGGAAAGAAACUAAACAAGUACACACCAAACACUCUAACAGACAAUAGAAUCAAGGAGUUAGACAAGAUGGUGUCACGAGUGCACCUUAUUGUGAUACGACCAUCUGACAUAAACAACAAGUACGUAGGAGAGUCAGAGAAGCGUGUGAGGAAGCUGUUUCAGGACAUUAAGGUUGACAAGGACCCGUAUAUGGCAACAUUUGUCUUCUUUGACGAGGCAGAGUCGCUCUUCACUUCUCGUGCAAACAGGCAAGAUGACAGCGUCACAGCCGGAACGAUGACUGAGUUCCUGACGCAGUUUUCAGACAUGAGAAACGUGAUUUAUCCCGUCUUCUUCUUCGCAGCAACAAACAUGAGCAAGCAAAUUGAUUCAGCUAUUUUCACGCGAUUCUCAAACAAGGUCAACUUCAAAAUGCCUACGAUUGAAAAUAUCCAGGGGUUUCUGGAUAACAGGCUGAGUGCAGUUAAAACUACAGGAAGAUUUAAUAUUAACGUCCAACAACUCGCGCAAAUCUGUACGGGACUAGCAUAUUCGAUCAUUGACUCCGUCUGCAGCAAAUUCACCAAUAUGAGCUAUGAUGGGAAGGUGACUGGGUUUGACUGGGCCAAGGCAAAGGAAUUUACGAGAAAUUACAAGGAGAUGACGUUGAGAGAUGGCGUAGAUGCUGAGGAGGAAAAUUAG